CUACGGCGCCAUAGAGAUGGGAGGGAGAGAAGGGCAUAUAGGCCGCGCUAGGCGUUGGAAGGGGGGGAAAGAGAAGUGACAUCCGGGUCACUCACUACUCAGUGUGUGGGGUUUGUUUGUUUCUGUCCUCUUUCUGCCCCUCCCUUUCUGGGCCGCAAGCGGAAGGGACCGGAUGGAGGUGCCUCACGGAUAGGCCCUCCCUCUGUCCGUCUGCCAGUCACUCCCUCCUUCCUUUCCUCAAGAGAAGAGCGGCAGAAGGCUCCACACUGACAAUGGCAUCCAAAGAUGACAACAAGAAAGUGACUCCUGUACUCCGAGUAAGUCAGCUUGAUGCUCUUGAAUUAAAUAAAGCCCUGGAGGAGUUGGUGUGGUCCCAGUUUACUCGCUGUUUUCAUGGAUUUAAACCUGGACUCUUGGCUCGAGUUGAACCUGAGGUGAAAGCUUUUCUGUGGCUUUUUUUGUGGAGAUUUACCAUCUACUCCAAAAGUGCAACAGUGGGACAAAGUAUUCUGAACAUUCAGUACAAGAAUGACUUAUCCCAAAUGGAGAAAUAUCAGACAUUGAGCAAACAACAGAAAUGGUGGUAUCUUAUUUGCACUGUUGGCGGGAAAUGGCUAGAAGAAAGGUGUUAUGAUUUAUUUAGCUAUCGACCAUUGGAAUCAUUCCAGAAGACAAAGUACAUCAUUAAUUUAGUAGUUGGGCUUCUCAAACUUGGUGAAUUGCUGAACUUCCUGAUUUUUCUUCAGAAAGGAAAGUUUGCGACACUUACCGAACGUAUUUUGGGAAUCCGGUCUGUGUUCUGUAAGCCACAGGGGAUUCGACAAAUUGGAUUUGAUUACAUGAACAGAGAACUUUUGUGGCAUGGAUUUGCUGAAUUUCUUAUUUUUCUUUUACCACUUAUUAAUAUGCAAAAACUCAGACUCAGAGUUUCUUCGUGGUCUUUACCUGUUGCUGGGCACACUAAGCAUGAAAAUAGUUCAGUGGUAUGCUACAAGGAAUGUUCUCAAUGUGGCGAAUGGCCUACAAUGCCUCACACCAUAGGUUGUUCACAUGUUUUCUGUUACUAUUGUGUCAAAAGUAACUACUUACAUGAUACGUACUUUACCUGUCCUAAAUGUGGCAUAGAGAUGCAAGAUCUACAGCCAUUAAAAUAUAAAAUUGAAAUGAAAGAAGUAAAUACACAAUAGAAUUUUUCCUCAAGUUCAUUAUUUAGUAUAAAAUGUAAAAUCUGUUUCUUUAUAGUGAUGUUUAAAUUCAGCGUUGACUAAUAAUUAUGACCUUUUUCUUUAUAUCAGUAGAUGCUCUGUUAUACAUUCAUGAUAAAAUGAUUCAGAAACUGUAAAGAGACUGUAAUUUUUGAAAUAUAAGAAAAUUUGUAGUAAAUUAAAAAUGAAACCAUAAUGAUUUUGAAAUGAUUUUCUUACACUGUCAUAACAAUAGCCAUUAAAAGACCGACCAUUUUAAGGUGGA